AUGAAUCUACCUAUACUGUGUAAGGAAUUGAAUUCAAAUACGUUACAAAAAUUAGCGUUCUUAAUUGGUGCAAAACAAGACACGAAAAAACCAUUAAGAAUUCAAAAUAUUAUUGAUAGAUUUAAACUUUUCAAUGAUUUAUCAAAUGUCAAGCAUAAUAAUAGCAAGAAAGAGAUCACUAUCACUGCAAUUGAUACAGGGAUAGUCAACUGUGCAAUCGCAUCAAUGACUAUCACUUCUACCGAUUCAUUUCGACUGAACUAUUGGAGGAAAUGGAAUCUUCAACAUCAAUUUCUAGGUGAUGGGCAAUCAUUGACUUUAUCUCCACAACAAACAUCCUUAGUAUCGCGCUCUUUAGUAUCAUAUCUCUUAAAGCAACCGUUUGUGAAUGAUACAUCGUUAUUCACAAUCGAGAAACAACGUGCGAGAACCGUGUCUUCUCGAGUGGUGUCUGAUCCUAUUUUAAAAUUGAAUAUUAUGGAACAUUUACUGUAUGAUAGAUUAAGUGAUCAUGCAAUGAUUGAAUCAUCAGAUCCUGCUAGGAUGACUAAAUUUUGGAUACCUCAGGAAUUACAAAGACAACACGAUUUAAAAUUUAAUUCUAAACGUGCAAGAAUCGAUUUAGUAAAAUCAAUGGUUUUUCAAAACAGUUUAGGGUUUUUAAGGCUGAUGGAACCAAUAAGCACUCAAUUCAUUCAGUAUCAAGAAGAGAGACAUCGUACUAGAAUGCCUUGGUUGUUUGAUGCUUUACAAUUACAAGAACCUUUGAAUGGUGCAAGGAAAGAUGAUGAUUUAGCAGAUUCUUUAUUGCAUGCACUCGCGUGGUCACAAUGGUUCAAGACAUAUUGUGAACUGAACCAAUUAUUGUUAACAAACCCAUUACAUUCUCAAUUGAAUGAUUAUAUACAUGGACAAUACGAUCAAUGGCGAGAAAUGUUAAUGAACAAAUUGAAACCUUGA